AUGAUAAUUCCGAGGGGUUCUAGGGCCAUAAGUCAAUUUCCUCUGUUUGCUAGAAGUGCAUAUAAAGCUUCACGCUUACUUGCCAAGGCACCUUAUUCCAGUUUGCACUUGAGAAGUACAAGACUGUACUCAUCGCUCGGGCCCGACAAUCAGAAACCUAAAUCAAGGUUCAAAAUACUAUUACUACUCGGCGGAUUAGCCCUCGGUUCAACAAUAUACUCCAUUGCAAACCGUAAGGACAGUCCAAAGGAAAUGAUUGAAAUAUCUGACCCAUCGCGUUCAGCCCCACCAGCUGUCAAGGCAUCUUCUAGCACCAGCGAUGUUUCUAUCGUUUUUGUUCUUGGUGGGCCAGGGUCUGGAAAGGGUACACAAUGUGCACGGAUCGUGAAGAACCUGGGCUUCGUUCAUAUUGGUGCAGGUGAUCUUUUGCGCGAGGAACAGAACAGACCAGGUUCUAAGUACGGUGACCUUAUUAGACAUCACAUCAAGGAAGGGCUUAUUGUUCCUCAGGAGAUUACUGUUGAGCUAUUGAAACAGGCAAUUCAAAAGGCAUCUGAGCAGGGCAAGAAGAAUUUCCUUGUCGAUGGAUUCCCUAGAAAGAUGGACCAGGCCAUCACUUUUGAGAAAGAAAUUGCUCCAAGUAAAAUGGUAAUCUUCUUCGAGUGCCCAGAGGCCGUUAUGUUAGAGCGGUUGCUCCGCAGAGGCCAAACAAGCGGUAGAACGGACGAUAAUGCAGAGUCCAUCAAGAAGAGGUUUAGAACGUUCCUCGACACCAGUAUGCCAGUAGUCCGCUACUUUGAUGACCAGGGCAAGGUUAUUAGGGUUAGAUGUGACCAGGAUGUCGAAGACGUGUACAAAGAGGUUGAGCUGGCGCUUAAAGAAAAAGUUUUAUAG